AUGUUCGUCCUCUUGAAAUGGGUAAAUCCGAAGGAAAUUACGAUUAUUGAGGAAACGGAAGAUUUAAAAAUGAGUAACGAAGGUGACGUAGUUAACGUAAAGUAUGGAAAAACAUUUUACGAUGCAGUAUUGAUGAAACGCAGCGAAACAGUGAAAGCAGAUCAGCAAAUCAUCAAAGGCCUGAAAGAUGACAAAGAAAAGAAAAAAGAUAAUGAAAAAAAGGUGAUAGGAGGGAAAAAGGAUGCUAAUAAGAUGAAGGACGCCGGAAAGAAGAAUGAUGACGAAAAGAAGAUUAAUAAGAAGGAUGAUGAAAAGAAGGAUGUUGAAAAGAAGGAUGUUGAAAAAAAGGAUGUUGGAAAGAAGAAAAAUGAUCAAAAGAAGAAGGAUGAAGAAAAGAAGAAGGAUGAAGAAAAGAAGAAUGUUGAAAAAAAGGAUGUUGGAAAGAAGGAUGUUGGAAAGAAGAAAAACGAUCAGAAGAAGAAGGAUGAUGAAAAGAAGGAUGUUGAAAAAAGGAUGUUGGAAAGAACAAAAAUGAUCGAAAGAAGAAGGAUGUUGAAAAAAAGGAUGUUGGAAAGAACAAAAAUGAUCAAAAAAGAAGGAUGA